CACAAGAAUCUUUUUAUAUCGUUUCCUUCUAGAAGGGUGUACACUGUUUUACGCGAAAAGUCACAUUGUCCUUCUUGGUCUGUAUUCAUCCCUUGAGGUUUGAUCGAUAGCCGAAUAAUAACGGUUUCAGAUUCUGCCAAACUUGAAGGUAAAUACCGGAUUAAAAGCGCUUCAAUAUGGUCUAUUGCAACCGCAUCGUGGUUCCCAAAUGCUUGAAUGCUUCUGCUGCUGCGAGACAAUUAGGUAUUCAUAUCCGAGCAGCACAGAGAUGGGUCAAACGUUAUAACGAGCACCCUGAAAGCAUUUUCGAGAAGAAGAAAAAGUCAGGUCGGCGUCGUAUUCUUGGAGAGGAGCAUAAGCAGUUUCUUUUAAAUUACAUUGAUGAAAAUCCUUCUGCGGUUGUAACUGAAGUAGCAGAAAGUUUAAUGCAAAGUUUUGCAGAUCUUAAUGUUUCUCGUAGCACUGUUUAUAACUUCAUGACAACUAAGUGCAAUCUAUCUAUUAAGCAGGCACAAUUUCAGCCUGUAGAAAGAAAUAGCGAAGAAAAGAUUCAACAAAGGUACGAUUGGGUACAAAAGUGGCAGCAAACUGACAUGGAUUUUACAACAAAUUGUGUCUUUCUUGAUGAAUCGGCUUUUCAUAUCAAUUUGAAACGAGGUAUGACUUGGUCAAAGAAGGGAACUCCUGCAAUAGUUACAGUACCCACAACGAAAGCGAACGCAACGUGCAAUAUCUGCCACUGGCUUAAUUAA